AUGGUAGAAACAAAAAAAUUACGAACUUCCUCCCGUAAUGAAGAAAAAGAAGUAGAUAGAAUCAUCAAGUUACAAGAUGAACUAAUUCAUCACAUUAUGUCGUUUAUGGAUACACAACGUGCAGUACAAACUAGUGUUUUAUCGAAACGUUGGAUUGAUAUAUGGAAAUCUUUGCCGUGUCUGAGGUUCAGAACUUGUUCUUUUGAAAGCGAAUUUAAACGCGUUAAUAAAUGGAUCGAUGCUGUCGUUAGGCGUAAUGUGCAAGAUGUAACUAUAAAACUUGCUACAUAUUCCUUCGAUGAUAAUGAUUUGACAUAUGAAGUUCCUCCUAAACUACUUAAAUGUAAAUCAUUGAAAAAACUGACACUUAGAAAGCUUGGUGGCCAGUGUGUAUUUAUCAUUGUUCCAAAAUCAAUAAGUUUACCACAGCUUAAUUAUAUGUGUCUUAACGGAUGUUUAAUGUCCGAUGUAGAAUCAUCCAAAAGGCUCUUCUCAAGCUGUCCAGUUCUUGAGACAUUGAACAUAGUUGAUUGUUAUAUAAAAACUAAUAAUCAAAGGAAUUUCGCUUUGGAGUCUCUUAGCCUUAAGAAAUUUGCAUACACUAAUCAAACGGGUUUUAAGCAGUCUAUUAUCAAGUUAUCUGCUCCUAAUCUCAACAACUUCAGCUGUGAAUCUUUCUGGACAAAAGACUAUCAUCUGCUAAACUGUUCUGAUCAGCUAUCCGAUGUAAAGUUUAACAUAUUAUAUUACUAUACAUAUGAAAACCAACAACUAGAGGAAAAACAAGUGUGUGGUAGACGUAUGGUUAAACUUCUUGCAGCGGUUGAUAAGGUGAAACAACUCGAGUUAUCAUCUGGAUUCCUUGAGCUUCAAUAUCUCUUAAGAGAAUUUUCUACUGUUUGUGAAGGUUCUCUCGAGUGCUACCGACUUGGUACACUGUCAACUUCCUUGCUUAUAUCAUCUUCAAUCUUUGAGACUGCAAAUGUGGUUUACUAG